GUGAUACCAGUUCCGUUCUCCUUUCAGUCAGCAGACACAAUCCUGGGGUGUUUAUAUUUCUGGAUACAGCUGAAGAUGUUGGCCCUCAUCAACCGGCUCCUGGACUGGUUCAGGUCCCUGUUCUGGAAGGAGGAGAUGGAGCUCACUCUGGUGGGCCUGCAGUACUCCGGAAAGACCACUUUCGUCAACGUGAUAGCGUCGGGCCAGUUCAGUGAAGAUAUGAUCCCCACUGUGGGGUUCAACAUGAGGAAGGUCACCAAAGGCAACGUCACAAUAAAGAUUUGGGAUAUAGGAGGACAGCCUCGUUUCAGGAGCAUGUGGGAGAGAUACUGCAGAGGAGUCAACGCUAUAGUGUAUAUGGUGGACGCCGCUGACCGGGACAAGAUUGAGCCCUCCAGAAAUGAACUGCACAAUUUGUUAGACAAACCUCAGCUUCAAGGCAUUCCUGUUCUCGUUUUGGGCAACAAGAGAGACCUUCCCGAGGCGUUGGACGAGAAACAGCUAAUUGAGAAAAUGAACUUGGCAGCAAUUCAGGAUAGAGAAAUCUGCUGCUACUCCGUCUCGUGUAAAGAGAAGGACAAUAUAGAUAUCACGCUGCAGUGGCUAAUUCAGCACUCUAAGUCACGGAGGAGCUGAGAGUCGCGUCAGACCCUCGUCCCGUCCUGACCUGCAGCCAAGCCAGAGCCAGUGCCCCACCCCCUCAGCUCUCCGCCCCAAACAGCUUCAGUUCCGAGUCCUGCUCCAGGUCCAGCUUUUUGUCCAGCUGUUAGCUGCCCCAGCCCUGCCUUGAGUUAGUGUCUGGACCCACAUACAACCCCCCACCCAGAACUUAACAGCAGUCCCCUUUGGUCCUCAGCCCCCAUGAGUCCUCUAGCUGUAGGGAGUAGAAACUGUAUAGGCAUCGAAAACAGAAUGACUAAUAUUUUUCACUGAACAACAUGGAGUGAAAACUUUAUAUUUUAAAAUGUGUCUAACUGGUUUAUGAUGUUUUAGUGUGCUUAUAUAUUCAUUGAUUUUUUUUUUUUUUUCCUGCUCUUGCAUUCCAUGGAGUUGUUGGUUAGAACUGUGUGUUUUUUUUUUUGUUUUUUUUUAUUUGUAUUGCAUGAUAUGCAAGAAUUCGGUGUAUUAAAACAACAGGAGCACCAAAUCAGUCACUGUUGUAUUUAUGUGGAACAAAAUAAUAAUGUUAUUUAACCAGUUAAGCACAUUUAAAAUAAAGUUUUCACUCUGGAAA